UACCAUUACUCCUGUUAAAUAUUAUAUUGAUAUCCAAGAUUAUACUUACCCUGCUAUUAUUGAUAGUAGAGCCUCUGUCAGUAUGAUCUUACACCAAACUGUAAAGAAACUAAAUUUUAAAAUUGAAGAGUUAUCAAAAAGUCUUAUUGUCACUGCUACUGGCACCACCUCUAGACCUCUUAGAAUUAUUAGAAAUUUGCCUAUUAGGAUUCAAGAUUGGCUUAUCCCUUUAGAUAUAGAAGUUGUACCUGCUACCUCUUAUUUUAUUUUACUUAGAAAUGAUUGGUCAAAGAAAGUAGAAGCCAACUAUAACUAG